AUGGCCCUCAUGACAGAGGGGACACAGUCCACCAUUAAAUGGAAAGACGCCCUCUUCCAAGCUGUCCACAGACACAUCUUCAAACUCUCUGCAGCUGACGUGAUUCUGGAUCCAGACACAGCAAACCCCAUCCUCCUUGUUUCUGAGGACCAGAGGAGUGUCCAGCGUGCAGAGGAGCCACAGGAUCUGCCAGACAGCCCUGAGAGAUUUGAUUGGCGUUACUGCGUGCUUGGCUGUGACAGCUUCACGGCAGGGAGGCAUUACUGGGAGGUAGAAGUGGGGGACAGGAAAGAGUGGCACAUCGGGGUGUGUAGAGAGAACGUGGAGAGAAAAGGUUGGGUUAAAAUGAUACCCGAGAAUGGAUACUGGACUAUGGGGCUAUCUGAUGGGGAUAAGUAUCGUGCUCUCACAGAGCCCAGGACAGAACUGAAGAUUGCCGAGCCCCCUAGAAGAGUGGGGGUGUUCCUGGACUAUGAGGCUGGAGAGGUCUCGUUCUACAAUGCUCUGGAUGGCUCUCAUGUCUACACCUUUCCCCACACCUCCUUCUCUGGGCCUCUGUGUCCUGUUUUCAGAAUUCUGACUUUCGAGCCCACCGCCCUGACCAUUUGCCCUGUGUCAAAAGGAGUGAAAAGUCCCUUUGUCCCUGACCUAGUGUCUGACCUUUCCCUGGAGACCCCAGUGACCCUGGGCUUAGCUAAUGGGAGAUGGGAGCCUCAGGUUGAUGUAAGGUCUCUGCUUCUCCCUGCCCAGUCUGGAGCUGAGGGUGUCCUCCUCCAAAGCAGCCAGUGACAACU